UCCCGUUCACGCGCUGCCACUUGAUCAUCAUCCUCAUCAUCUUCGUCAUCCUCAUUAUCCGCAGGAUCUGAAACAUUCAAAUGCAGAGGGGCAUGAAGCAACCAUAACGGGACACUGAACACAACACGACACACAGGAUCAUGACGAAAUCUUGCACUGAAGAACCCUCAAUGAUCGAGUCUCAGGCCGGCAGCGCCAACUGGACUGAGAAGAAGCAGAAGCCCGGGCACGAGGCCAUGCGCCAAGACCUGGAGAACGACGAAGAGGAAGCUGUGCACAUGCUCGAGGACGCGCACGAGCUGGAGGAGGAAGAAGAGGAGGAAGAGGAAGAGGAGGAAGAAGAGGAAGAGGGCGACGACGCGAGCAAGCCCAAACGGCGUGGCCCGAAAAAGAAGAAGAUGACGAAGGCGCGUAUGCAGAGGUUCAAGAUGAGGCGCAUGAAAGCGAAUGCGCGCGAGCGCAACCGCAUGCACGGCUUGAACGACGCUCUGGAGAGUCUGCGCAAAGUGGUGCCGUGCUACUCCAAAACGCAGAAGCUGUCCAAGAUCGAGACGCUUCGUCUGGCCAAGAAUUAUAUCUGGGCGCUGUCUGAGAUCUUGCGAUCGGGUGAGAGUCCGGACCUGGUGUCGUUCGUGCAGGCUUUGUGCAAAGGUCUUUCGCAGCCCACGACUAAUCUAGUGGCAGGGUGUUUGCAGCUCAAUCCACGGACUUUCUUGCCCGAGCAGCAGACUCAUGGGCACGGAGCGAGCGUCGCAUCAUACGCCAGCAUGCACCCGUACUGCUAUCAGAGCCCCGGUCUACCGAGCCCCCCAUACGGCGCAGCGGACGGCGCGCCGCACCACGGGUUUCACGCCAAAUCAGCGGCGCACGCGUACGGGAGCACGUUGCUCUUACCGCCACCACCGCCUCCGCCGCCACAGCCGCCGAGCACCUUGCAGGCAGAACCAUUUUACGACUCCGCGCUGGCGGACUGCGCGCACAGCCCCGCCGCGUCCUUCGACGGGCCGCUCAGCCCGCCGCUGAGCGUCAACGGAAACUUUUCCUUCAAGCACGAGCCGCCGACGGAGUUCGAAAAGAACUAUCACGCGUUCGGUGGCGGCGUGCAGCCGUACCAUCACCACGCGCCGCCGCCGGGACACCACCAUCACCAUCACCCACAUCACCAUCACCACGCCCCUCUUUACGAUUUACCACCCAUGGAGAACGUCGUGCCCUACGAGGGCCACUCUCAUCACGAACGAGUCGUGCACAUGAACGCGCAACUCAACGCCAUAUUUCACGACUCGUGAGCUCGAGAGGACUUGUGAGCUCCAGAGACUGUUCGAUUCAUAUAGUUAUCAUGGUUAUCAUGAGUCAUAUAGUGUCAUCAUGGUUACCUGUCUAUGGCUUGUUGCAAAAAAAAAAAAAAAGAGGGAGAGCAGCAGAAAAAAUGCCCCACAUUUGAAUUAACACACUUUUUUUAUUCAAAAGAACAAAAAAGUUUUGCAAUGACACGGGGUUCGUGGGACCGCGCUAUGAUCUGCGUGGGAAAUGUUACUGCGCGAGCGAGGAGUAGUUUGUCUAUUGCUCAAUAAGUUAUGGUUCCUUCACGUGCUGGACUUAAAGUCGGUGUUGAAAGGUUACCUCAAGUCGGGCAGGUGAACGAACCAGAGACUUCACACACACACACACACACACACACACACACACACACACACACACACACACACACACACACACACACACACACAC